UCAAACUUCCAACGUUAUCGCGUCCAGUUCGGCAGUGUCCUAGUAGUUGGCGUUCUACUCUCCGCCAUUGCCCACACCCGCAACUCCACCGCCACCUCCAUGCGCGCUUGAUCCCCCGCUCUUGCGUCCGAUGCCGCUCAUGGCCGUCUCCUCCCCACCCUUCUCCUUCCCCUCAACGCGCCACCUCCGUCGCGCAACCACCGCCGCCGCAGCGUCCUCCGCCAGCGACGACUUCGACUACCCCCUCGCCGACCCCUCCAUCCGCUGGCCCAACCUCCGCUUCCCGCACCUCCCCGCGCCCCGCUUCCCCGUCGCCGACACCGCUCCUCCUCCUACCCCGGCGCGGCCAUCCCGCGAGAGGGAGCCCGCCAAGGAUUCCUCCGCGCCCUCCGCCUCCGCCCCCGCCGCCGCCUCCGCCGUCGAGCCGCUGGACGCGCGCGCGCACCGCGCGAGGGUGAAGAAGCUGAGCAAGCUCGCGCUGCGCCAGGCGCGGGACUGGCGGGAGCGCGUCUCCGAGCUGGCGGGCCGGCUCCUGGCGCUGCCCCCCGGCGCGCCCGUCGCGGAGGCGCUCGACGACGCGUGGGUGUCCCCCGACGAGCUCGCCUACGUCGUGCGCGCGGUCGGCGCGUCCUCCUGGCGCCGCGCGCUCGACGCCUUCGAGUGGCUCGUGGCGAGCGGCGCCGCCGGCCCGGGCCCGCGCGUGGUCGCCGUCGUGCUCGGAGUCCUCGGCCGCGCUCGCCAGGACGAGCUCGCGGAGGGGGUCUUCCUCCGCUUCGUGGGCGAGGGCGCCACCGUGCAGGUGUUCAACGCCAUGAUGGGCGUCUACGCCCGCUCUGGCCGCUUCGACGACGUCCGGCAGCUGCUUGACGCAAUGCGCGGCCAGGGGAUUGAGCCCGACCUUGUUAGCUUCAACACGCUGAUCAACGCCAGAGCCAAGUCUGGGAGCUUCGCCCCCGGCGCAGCCGCUGAUCUCCUGCUCCAGGUCCGGCAGGCCGGGCUGAGGCCGGAUGUUAUCACUUACAACACCCUCAUCAGUGCCUGCUCGCAAGGUUCCGUUCUGGACGAUGCGGUGGCGGUGUUUCAGGAUAUGAUGGAUUCACAGUGCCGGCCUGAUUUGUGGACGUACAAUGCCAUGGUGUCGGUUCAUGGCCGGUGCGGGACGGCACAGGCGGCUGAGCGGAUGUUUGUGGAGCUGCUACAGAAGGGCUUUAAGCCGGAUGCAGUUACUUAUAAUUCUCUCCUUCAUGCUUUUGCCAAGGAAGGAGAUGUCGACGCGGUCGAGCGGGUCUGUGAGGAAUUGCUCAAGGCUGGGUUCAACAAGGAUGGGAUAACUUACAAUACGAUGAUCCAUAUGUACGGAAAGAUGGGCAGGCUGGACUUGGCACUUGGUUUGUACGAUGAGAUGAGGGCUAUAGGCUGUACUCCAGAUGCUGUUACUUAUACUGUCUUGAUUGAUUCCUUGGGGAAGAUGGAUAGGAUUACUGAUGCAGGGAAGGUGCUGGAGGAGAUGGCUGAUGCAGGACUAAAACCAACGCUGGUAACUUUCAGUGCCUUGAUAUGUGCGUAUGCCAAAGGUGGGAGGCAGGACGAGGCGGAGCGGACAUUUGAUCGUAUGGUUGCAUCAGGUGUCAAACCUGAUCGUUUAGCCUAUUUGGUUAUGCUGGACAUUAUCGCAAGGUCUGGUGAGACGAAAAAACUGAUGCUUAUGUAUCGGGCAAUGAUGAAGGAUGGUUAUAGACCAGAUGCCACCUUGUAUCAGGUCAUGCUUUCUGCACUUGCAAAAGGAAAUGAAUGUGAGGAGAUUGAAGGAGUCAUGCAAGACAUGGAGGUUGUUUGUCAAAUGAAUCCGCAACUGGUAUAUAGUAUACUCAUCAAGGCAGAUUGCAUUUCUCAGGGUGCUACACUGUUAAAGAAGGCAUGCCUACAGGGACACGAGCCUGACAGUAAGAGUUUACUGUCCAUUUUGGAUGCAUAUGAAACGAUGGGGAAGCAUGAAGAAGGUCUCUCUUUGCUUCAAUGCAUCCGGGAGUAUGUCCCCAGCUCCCAUAACUUGAUAUCUGAAUGUUCCAUCAUGCUUCUGUGCAAAAAGAAGAAGAUUGCUGCUGCCAUUCAAGAGUACAACAGUAUGCAGACAUUAAAAUGUGGAUCUUUUGGCCGAGAUUGUAACUUGUACGAGCACUUGAUUACAUGCCUUGAGGAGGCUGAAUUUUUUCCUGAAUCUUCUCAGGUGUUCUGCGAUAUGCAGUUUAUCGGUGUAAAGCCUUCCCAGAAGAUAUACGAGAGUAUGAUCUCUACAUACUGUAAAUUGGGCUUCCCAGAAACAGCUCAUCAAUUGAUGGAUGAAGCUAUACAUUCUGGUAUUUGGCUAAACACUCUUUCAUCUAGAAUAACUAUAAUUGAAGCAUAUGGGAAGGCAAAACUCUGGCAGCAUGGUGAAAAUUUCAUGAAAGGACUGAAGCAAGAGUCAGGUGUUGACAGACGGAUUUGGAAUGCGUUGAUACAUGCCUAUGCCGAGAGUGGCCUUUAUGAGCAAGCGAGGGCAGUCUUUGACAGUAUGAUUAAAAAGGGCCCUCUACCAACUGUUGAUUCAGUUAAUGGAAUGAUGAGAGCAUUGAUUAUAGAUGGCAGGCUGAAUGAGUUGUAUGUGAUUGUUCAGGAGCUUCAAGACAUGGGUUUCAAGAUUAGCAAAAGCACAGUAAUCCUUAUGCUUGAAGCCUUUGCAAAUGCCGGAGAUGUAUUUGAGGUAAUGAAAAUAUAUAAUGGAAUGAAGGAAGCAGGAUACCUGCCAAAUAUGCACAUCUACAGAAGUAUGAUUUCCUUGCUCUGCCGUAAUAAACGAUUCAGGGAUGUUGAAUUGAUGGUUGAGGAGAUGGAGGGAGCAGGAUUCAAGCCAGAUCUAGCCAUACUUAAUACCCUUCUUUUGAUGUAUACUGGGAAUGGAGACUUUGACAAGACAGUAGAAUUAUACCAUAGUAUUCUGGAAGCUGGCUUAGAGCCUGAUGAGGAUACAUAUAACACAUUGAUAGUCAUGUACAGUAGAGACCGGAGGCCUGAAGAAGGUUUUACUCUCUUGAAUGAGAUGGGUAGACGAGGUUUGACACCCAGGUUAGAAUCCUAUAAAAGCUUGCUUGUGGCAUCUGGAAAAGCAAAACUCUGGGAGCAAGGUGAACAGCUUUUUGAAGAAAUAAAAUCAAAGGGUUAUCGAUUAAAUCGAUCUUUGUAUCAUACGAUGAUGAAAAUGUACAGGGAUUCCUGCAACCAUUCCAAAGCCGAGCAACUACUAGCAGCUAUGAAAGAGGACAGCAUCGAACCAACAAUUGCCACCAUGCACAUCCUUAUGACUUCUUAUGGGACUGCAGGGCACCCAGACGAAGCUGAGAAAGUACUGAACAGCUUGAAAUCUUCCAGUUUGGAAGUCAGCACUUUACCAUACAGUACUGUUUUUGAUGCUUACCUGAAAAAUGGUGAAUACAAUCUUGGAAUCACAAAGCUAAUGGAAAUGAAAACAGAUGGUAUACAACCUGAUCAUCAAGUUUGGACAUGUUUCAUUAGGGCCGCUAGUUUGUGCGAGCGAACUGAUGAUGCCAUUCUUCUCCUAAACUCUUUACGGGAUUGUGGAUUUGAUCUUCCCAUUAGGCUCCUGACUGAGAGGACUUCAUCUCUAUUAACUGAGGCUGACAAUUUUCUUAAAGAACUCGAGGCUCUAGAAGAUUCUGCUGCUCUGAACUUUGUAAAUGCACUAGAAGACCUGUUGUGGGCAUUUGAACGUCGAUCAACUGCUUCAUACAUUUUCCAGUUGGCGGUGAACAGAAGCAUAUACCAUCAUAAUGUCUUUCGGGUGAUAGAAAAAGAUUGGGGAGCUGACGUCCGGAAGUUGUCUGCUGGGGCUGCACUUAUCGCUCUAACACUAUGGCUUGAUCACAUGCAAGAUGCUUCACUCCAAGGUUCACCAGAAUCUCCCAAAUCUAUUGUACUGGUCACAGGGGAGGGGGAAUAUAACAUGGUAUCCUUGCGUAAAACCAUAAGAGCUUACCUUUUGGAAAUGGGCUCCCCUUUCUUGCCAUGUAGAAAUCGAUCAGGUCGCUUUGUGGCAAAGUCUUACUCUCUUAAGAUGUGGCUGAAAGAUUCUCCUUUCUGCAUGGAUCUUGAGUUGAAAGACGCCCCAGCUCUUCCAAAAAUGAACUCAAUUAAGCUCACUGAAGGGUACUUCAUGAGAGCUGGUCUUGUAUCCACAUUUAAAGAUAUACACGGCAAACUUGGGGAAGUAUGGCCAAAGAAAUUCUCUAGAUUAGCUCUGUUGUCAGAAGAAAGCAGGGCCGAAGUUAUUAAGGCUGAUAUACAAGGAAGGAAAGAAAAACUGGAGAGAAUGAAAAAACAGGGUCUUGUCAUAUCAAGAAAAUCUAAAAAAGGAACACGGAGAGCAAGAUUUGUUAGAGAACAAAGCACACAGGCAGUUCUGAAGUAGUGCUUAUUUUGCUUCAUCAUGACAUUUUCUCAAGCGGCGUUGUGGCAUUUACAUGAAGUUUCUUAAUGGGAGAAAAAGGGAGAAGGAAUGGUGACAUCACUGCGAUUUGAUCGGUCAAGGUAUGAGUGUGAUCAAAGAAAAGACGGGAUGCAUUUGGUUCCAGGUUUGUCACAGUUGUAGCAAGUUCAUACUGGACGAACAAGCAACAGAGAUAGCAUCUUUGACUCAAUGUGACAUCGUCAUGCGACAUUAUGAUGCAAAACAAUGCCUUAUUCAUGUCAUAUUGUAAGUAAGAUUUUGAAUUGUUUAAAGGGAACAUGAGGUACAUGGUUGAUGGCUGCACACUCCUAUUACAUGAACAGCCAUGAACCAUUUCUCUGGGCAAGAAAGCAUAAGGCACUAAGGGAAGGUGAAAAGAAAAAUAAAGUACAAAAGCGGGAAACAAAUAACUGAAGAGGAUUGUUCAUCGGGCCAAUCUUCAAUCAAGCAGAGAGUAGCCCGUUAUUCCAAAUGCCUUGUCGGAGACAGCCAUAGCUUUAAGUUUUCAGUGCAUUGUAUUACAACCACCUGAGGUGGGGUUGUGAUGUUGUCGAAGACCUUCCUAUUGCGAGACAACCAGAUUGUCCAUAGAGCUUCAACCACCACCAAGUCCAGCAAUGAAGGUUAACCUGCGAAACAGCUCCUUUUCAUAACAUGAGAAGACCUCCGGUGUUAGUAGCUCCAGCGUGUUAGUUCAGAAAUUCUGCAACACAGCUCUAGUAUGAGGACACUACAAUACCAAGCGGUUUUGCUGUUUCGCUGGUGCUACAGCCAGACGGACCGGCAUCAGAGUGGACAACCCCUGACGACGCAACAUCGCCCAAACUCGAGAACUCUGCUUAAUCAAAAGCCACAGGAAGGUUUUUUUUUGGGGAGCCGCGCACUUCCAAACUGCAGAGGAAGCAAGGUCUUGGAACCCUAGAAUUAGACAUUUGGUACAGGUUUCUGACGCAGAAAGUCUUUGAUCUGUAUGUGCGCCAAUAAUCUGAUAUGACACCAUUCGAUGUCUUGAAAGAUUGAAGUAAAAGACCACAGAAGCGUCAACUACUGAGAACCAACCUGAGGUUGGGUGGUUAGGAGGGUGGUUGUACCCCCAGCCCACCAGAGUUCAAACCCCAGGUUUGACGUCUGUGUGUCUCAUAAAGGCGGAAUAUUCAUUCAGUGGGAGGCGACGUUCCCGUCGACAGCGAGGCGCCUGUGGUGACUUCGUUAAUUUCAAGAUCCAAUCUGCCGGCUCAGUCUUUCGGAGGUGCUCAUAGGGGUAGGGUGUGCGUGUGUGCGUUCAUAGGGGUCCAACAUCCAGUCAUCAAACUAGAAGAUGGUACAGUUCUCGUGCUGCCAAGGAACUGUGCGGUUAUCUCUCUGUACAAGCAGAUGUAGCAGUUCAUCUCCAAUUCAAAUGUCUCCAGAGUCCAGGUAUUGGUUCCUGUGGAGAUAGCAUCCCCAAGUCCUCUGUCGUAAUGACUAAUGAGCUUGUUGAGUCCAACCAGCCCAGGGGGAGUUGGGCACUGCAUGUAAUCUGUGGAUGAAUUGAGCCACCAGGCAAUGAUUUUGAUUCUCCAGAAAUUCGGACUUGUGGCUUUGGUGCUCUUCGUUUUUCA